CCCAUACAUUCUCAGUUGGUCGCAGAUUCAGCGUAGCAGGAUGCCGGAGCCAGCCAAAUCCGUGCCUGUUCCGAAGAAGGGCUCCAAGAAGGCCAUCACCAAGACCCAAAAGAAGGGUGACAAGAAGCGCAAGAAGAGCCGCAAGGAGAGCUACUCCAUCUACGUUUACAAGGUGCUCAAGCAGGUGCACCCGGACACUGGCAUCUCGUCCAAGGCCAUGAGCAUCAUGAACUCCUUCGUCAACGACAUCUUCGAGCGCAUCGCGGCCGAGGCUUCCCGCCUGGCGCAUUACAACAAGCGCUCCACCAUCACCUCCCGGGAGAUCCAGACCGCCGUGAGACUCCUGCUGCCCGGAGAGCUGGCCAAGCACGCCGUCUCCGAAGGCACCAAGGCCGUCACCAAGUACACCAGCUCCAAGUAAUUCCUUAUUCUUGAUACAGCAGCUUUUUAAACAAACCAACGGCUCUUUUAAGAGCCACCC